GCAGGAAUUUUCAGCAUGAAUGCAUGCGAAGAGGGAUUUGCCACUGGUGGCAGGGAUGGCUGUGUUCGCUUGUGGGACUUAAAUUUUAAACCAAUUACUGUGAUUGAUCUCAGGGAAACAGACCAGGGAUAUAAAGGUCUGUCUGUUAGAAGUGUUUGCUGGAGAGGAGACCAUAUACUUGUCGGGACGCAAGAUAGUGAAAUUUUUGAAAUUGUGGUGCAUGAGCGUAAUAAGCCUUUCCUGAUAAUGCAGGGGCACUGUGAGGGAGAGCUGUGGGCUUUGGCUGUCCAUCCUACAAAACCGCUGGCAAUGACUGGAAGUGAUGAUCGAUCAGUCAGAAUAUGGAGUUUAAUAGACCAUGCUCUGAUUGCCCGGUGCAAUAUGGAGGAACCCAUUCGCUGUGCUGCGGUUAGUACUGAUGGAAUCCAUCUCGCUCUUGGAAUGAAGGAUGGCUCUUUCACUGUCCUUCGAGUCAGAGAUAUGACUGAGGUUGUUCAUAUCAAAGACAGGAAAGAAGCUAUUCAUGAACUGAAAUACUCACCAGAUGGGAAUUUCCUAGCUGUUGGUUCCAAUGAUAGCUCUGUGGAUAUAUAUGGUGUUGUUCAGCGAUACAAGAAAGUUGGGGAAUGUAUUGGAUCUUUAAGUUUCAUCACCCAUAUGGAUUGGUCUUCGGACAGUAAAUACUUACAGACCAAUGAUGGCAAUGGGAAGAGACUUUUUUACAGGAUGCCAAGUGGAAAAGAAGUAACAAACAAGGAAGAAUUAAAAGGCAUUCAGUGGGCAUCAUGGACCUGUGUUUCUGGCCUUGAAGUUAAUGGAAUCUGGCCCAAAUAUUCAGAUAUAAAUGAUAUAAAUUCUGUGGAUGCAAAUUUUAUUGGGCAAGUUAUGGUUACAGCUGAUGAUUAUGGAAUAGUAAAGCUCUUUCGAUACCCAUGUCUGAGAAAAGGAGCAAAGUUUAAAAAAUAUCUCGGUCAUUCUGCUCAUGUGACAAAUGUCAGAUGGUCACACGAUCACCAGUGGGUCGUUUCCAUUGGGGGAGCUGAUCAUUCUGUCUUUCAGUGGAAAUUUGUCCCUGACAGGAAGUUGAAGGAUUCUGUUCAUAUAGCACCUCAAGAGAGUCUUGUUGAUUCUAAUAGCGAUGAAUCAGAUUCAGAUCAGUCUGAUGUUCCAGAGCUGGACUCUGAAAUUGAACAAGAGACACAGAUCACCUAUCGUCGACAGGUUUACAAAGAAGAUCUACCUCAACUUAAAGAGCAAUGCAAAGAAAAAAGAAAAAGUGCAGCUUCUAAGAGACGAGAGCGAGCUCCAGGGAACAGUAUAAGAUUACAUUUUGUUCAUGGUUACAGAGGUUACGACUGUCGAAGCAAUUUAUUUUACACUCAGACGGGUGAAAUUGUAUACCAUGUUGCAGCAGUGGGAGUGGUGUACAAUCGACAGCAGAACACACAGAGCUUUUAUCUAGGUCAUGAUGAUGACAUUCUUUGCCUUGCUAUUCAUCCCUUAAAGGACUAUGUGGCAACUGGCCAGGUUGGUCGAGAUUCCUCAAUACACAUUUGGGAUACAGAAACAAUAAAACCACUCUCAGUAUUAAAGGGCUAUCACCAGUACGGUGUGUGUGCUGUUGAUUUUUCAGCGGAUGGGAAACGAUUAGCAUCUGUUGGAAUAGAUGACAAUCACACUAUUGUACUCUGGGAUUGGAAGAAAGGUGAAAAGCUUUCAGCAAUAAGGGGAAGCAAAGAUAAGAUUUUUGUAGUUAAGAUCAAUCCUUAUAUGCCUGAUAAAUUGAUCACUGUUGGAAUUAAACACAUGAAAUUCUGGCGUAGAGCAGGUGGAGGACUCAUUGGGAGAAAGGGCUGCAUAGGUGCAUUGGGAAGAACCGAUACAAUGAUGUGUGCAGUAUAUGGCUGGACUGAAGAAAUGGCCUUCUCUGGAACUUCCACGGGGGAUGUGUGUAUUUGGAGAGAUGUGUUUCUCAUGAAAACUGUCAAAGCACAUGAUGGUCCUGUGUUCAGCAUGCACGCAUUGGAAAAAGGAUUUGUCACUGGAGGAAAGGAUGGGGUAGUAGCUCUCUGGGAUGAUACCUUUGAACGUUGUCUCAAAACCUAUGCCAUCAAAAGGGCUGCUUUGGCCCCUGGGUCUAAAGGUCUCCUCUUAGAAGAUAAUCCUUCUAUACGUGCCAUAUCUUUAGGACAUGGUCAUAUUUUAGUGGGUACAAAGAAUGGUGAAAUAUUGGAGGUGGAUAAAAGUGGACCAAUAACUCUGCUGGUUCAGGGUCACAUGGAGGGGGAAGUUUGGGGUCUAGCUACUCAUCCUCAUUUACCUAUUUGUGCCACUGUAAGUGAUGACAAAACUUUAAGAAUAUGGGAUUUAUCUCCUAGCCAUUGUAUGUUAGCUGUUCGCAAAUUGAAGAAGGGAGGGAGAUGUUGCUGCUUUUCUCCUGAUGGAAAAGCAUUAGCUGUUGGACUCAAUGAUGGAAGUUUUUUGAUAGUUAAUGCAGAUACACUGGAGGAUCUAGUCUCUUUCCAGCACAGGAAAGAUGUUAUUUCAGAGAUCCGAUUUUCUCCUGGGGCUGGAAAGUAUUUAGCUGUGGCAUCCUGUGACAACUUUGUAGAUAUUUACAAUGUAAUGAGCAGUAAACGAGUAGGAAUUUGCAAGGGAGCCUCCAGCUAUAUCACACACAUGGACUGGGACAUAAGAGGGAAGCUCUUGCAAGUCAACACUGGUGCUAAAGAGCAGUUGUUUUUUGAAGCUCCUCGUGGGAAAAAACAGACAAUUCCUAGUUUGGAG